CCCGCCACUCCCCGGCGGCGGGACAAUGGGCUGGGCUGGGUAACUCGCAGCCACCCUGCCCUGCCCCUAUCGCAGGAGGAUCUGCAGAGCUGGACGGGUUCUGUGGAAUGGUUAACCCGAGGCAAUCUCACCCUGAGCCAAUCACAGGCGGCAGCAGCAAAUACCUGCAGGAUUAGAGCCACUGCUCCCCACAGCUCUGGCUCUCUGGCCCCGGGAGCCUGGCCGGAGCCAGCGUGGGCCUCGAGGACGCUGCCAUGGCGCUCCUGGUGCCCCUGGUUCUGCUCUGCCUGGGGGCGGCUGUGUGCCCGGGGCGAGGGGCGCUGGUGCCCAGCCAGGCGCAGGUGCUGCAGAGCGUGUGGGCCCUGCUGGCGUCGGGAGAAGGCUCUCUGCCCCACGCUGCCCUGGACUCCCUCUUAAGUAUCCUGGCGGCCCGUGUGCAGUGCCCAGCAGUGCCGUGUGAAAAGUGCAUCUCCGUGCCGGACAUCUUCACGCUCGUGGGCAAGGCAGGGACGGGCGACGCCAACCUCACGGCGACGGAGCUCCCGCAGCUCGGUGCCGGCCUGCUGCUCUACCUGACAGACCCCGCGGCCACCUGCGCCGCAGCGAGGGGCGGCCAGUGGGUGGCCGAGGCCGGGGCCUUCCUCACCCGCUUCUCCAGCGGGAAUCCCGCGGCGGGGCCCACGGCGGAGAAAGUGGCGGAGCUGCUGGGAGGCCUGCGGGAGAAUUACAGAGACGCAGACAGGCACCAGCCGUGCCUGGACGCGGUCCGUGUCCUGCAGAAGAGCACCGCGGUCUCUGGCCAGGUGGCGGCCGACGUGGCCGGGCGGGUGCUGGUGACGAUCAUGUACCACGUGCUGCUGGGGGACUGUUUCCACGCCCUGCCGCCCCCCCACUACUUCCUGGGGUACAUCUUCCAUCGCUAUGGCAACGAGUCCCAGAACCUGACGCUGGCAGGCCUGAGCACACUGAUGGCCAAGCUGGCCUUGGGGCCAGAGGACGAGCACACGGACCAUCACCAUGACGACGAAGCACACGCCGAUCACCACGAGGAGCCCGCGUCAGCUCCCCACGCCAGCCAGCGCCCCGGCAAGCACACGAACCCCGACGAUCGCUUGGGCCCGCACCACAGCGACACGCCCAGGCGGCUGAGACGGAGCCUCCCUGGGCAGACAGAGCCGGACGAUCCCGGUCUCGUCUGGGACACGAUGUGUCUGAGCCCUGGCGACCUCCUGGAGAUUUACAGCCUCGACUCCGACGCAGGGAUCUCUGGCUCGGACUUCACCAGCCUCAGCCCGGCUCUGAUCCAGCAGCAGCUCAGCGGGGCCUGCUCUGCUCGUCACCUGAGUGACCCCGGUGGCCGACUGACCGUGGCAGAGAGGUACAUCUAUGGCUCGCUGGCCACGCUGGUGAUCUGCCUGUGCGCACUGCUUGGCAUCGUCCUGCUCCUGUGCACCGCUUGCGCCAGCGCCUACCCUUACGUCAUCCAGGGCUUUGUCAGCCUGGCCGUGGGCUCGCUCACCGGGGACGCCCUGCUCCACCUCAUCCCCCAGUUCCUGGGCCUGCACUCGCACGCGGACGAGGGGCACGCGCACGGGGCUGAGGAGGCCGGGACCAGGGACACCAUCUGGAAGCUGCUGGCCGUGCUGGGCGGCAUCUAUGCCUUCUUCCUCCUGGAGAAGUUCUUCAGUGUCCUCGGGAGCGACGAGCCCGAGGAGGAGGCUGGCAGGGGGCACCCGCACGACCACGCCAUGUCCCUGCAACUCUACCAGGCCGAGCAGAGGAGGAAGAAGCAGGAGAAAGGAGCCUCGCAGGCCGACCUGGUCACCGCCGAGGAAGCCAGUCUCAGAAAAACGGGGCAGGGGAGACGCACCCGGGAGCAGCGCAUGAUCCCCUACAUGAUCACCAUCGGCGACGCCAUCCACAACUUUGCCGACGGGCUGGCCGUGGGGGCCGCCUUCUCCACCUCCUGGAAGACGGGGCUGGCCACGUCACUGGCCGUGCUGUGCCACGAGCUGCCGCAUGAGCUAGGGGACUUCGCGGCCCUGCUGCACGCGGGGCUGAGCGUCAAGAAGGCCUUGCUGCUGAACUUCAGCAGCGCCCUGACCGCCUUCCUGGGGCUCUACAUCGCGCUCUCGGUGGCGACGGGCGAGGAGUUCCAGGCCUGGAUCUUCACCGUGGCCACGGGCCUCUUCCUCUACGUGGCCCUUUGCGACAUGCUGCCAACCAUGAUGAACGUGAAGGACAAGCGGCCCUGGCUGCUCUUCGCCCUGCACAACCUGGGCCUGCUGGGGGGCUGGGCCAUCCUGCUGCUGCUGUCCCUGUAUGAGGAGAACCUCACCCUGCUGUGACCCCCGCCCGGCCCCCUGGCCUGCGCCCACAGGGGGAGCUGGGGCUGCUGGCAGGCGGCACAAGCAGCCAUGGACAUGACUGAGGGGGGCUGACAUUACUGAUGCCCGGGGACCAUCUGCCAGCGGUGGGGUCGCUGGUGGGGAGGGGCACAGCACAGAGCGCCCUGGGCCCCUGUCGGUUUGUGCUAUUUAUUGGGAAAGCAACACCCCCCCGGCCCUGCACGGGCACUCAGAGGGAUGGCACCGUUCACACACCCCCGGCCCUGCGCGGGACUCAGAGGCGAGGCACCGUUCACACACCCCCGGCCCUGCGCGGGCACUCAGAGGGAUGGCACCGUUCACACACCCCCGGCCCUGCGCGGGACUCAGAGGCGAGGCACCGUUCACACACCCCCGGGUCCUGCGUGGGCACUCAGAGGGAUGGCACCGUUCACACCCGUCCCCUGGGCCCUGUGCGGGCACUCAGAGGGAUGGCACCGUUCACACCCCCCCGGGCCCUGCACGGGCACUCAGAGGCGAGGCACCGUUCACACCCGUCCCCUGGGCCCUGCGCGGGCACUCGGAGGGAUGGCACCGUUCACACACACCCAGCCCUGCACAGGCACUCAGAGGGAUGGCACCGUUCACACCCGUCCCCUGGGCCCUGCGCGGGCACUCGGAGGGAUGGCACCGUUCACACACCCCCAGCCCUGCACGGGCACUCAGAGGGAUGGCACCGUUCACACCCGUCCCCUGGGCCCUGUGCGGG